ACACUUCACUACUAUCUUUAGCUCUGAUCUUUGGCUUCAUGAACUAAAUAGAACUUUUUUUUAUUUUCUUUUAGCCCAUUAUCCCAUUUUGAUGGCUUUCUUGAUGCAUAUGUUGUUGAGAAAACAAGAUGCUGGCAUUUUCAUUGGCAGUGUCCUCUGGUUGCUGCUUAGUUGUGGUUUCAGCUUUGGUGUUGAGAGUGAUAUCAACUGCUUGAAAAGUAUAAAAGCAUCACUUGAGGACACUUUGGGGUACUUAAACUCUUCAUGGGAUUUCAACAACAACACCGAAGGCUUCAUCUGCAACUUUCUUGGGGUCGAGUGUUGGCACCCUCACGAGAGUAAAGUUUUAAACCUCAAGCUUUCGGAUUUGGGACUGAAGGGCUCGUUUCCUCAAGGCGUAGCAAAUUGCACAAGCCUAACAGGGUUAGAUCUUUCAAGCAACCAGCUCAAUGGACCUCUUCCUACUGACAUCGAUGAAAUCAUUAUGUUCAUUACGUCCCUUGAUCUCUCAUCUAACAGCUUCACAGGGCAAAUCCCAAUGAAGCUUUCGAAUUGCGGCUCUCUGAAUGUGCUUAAGCUUGACAACAACAAGUUCUCGGGUACCAUUCCUCCAGAAUUUGGCCAGCUUAGGAGGAUUAAAGCAUUUAGUGUGGCCAACAAUCAACUGUCUGGCCCAGUCCCAAACUUUAAUACUACAUAUAUUACAGCGGACUCUUUCGCAAACAAUCCUGGACUUUGUGGGAAGCCUCUGGAGGUGUGCCGGUCAGCUGCAAAGAAGUCUAGCAUUGUUAAGGUUUUGAACUCAUACAAUGUAGCUAUAGCAGCAGCAGCUGGUUUUGGUUUUGGUUUUCCUUUUUCUUUUUGUUUUUUCCUUCCAAGGGCUCCUAGUGUCCGUUAUUUGGUGGUGUUCGCGCGAAGAUUUAAAAGUUGAACUCAGCCCUAGCCAGUAACAGUUGUGCUCUUGUUUUCUGCUUUUCUGAACUCAUUUACCUGUCUUAAAUUAUAUGUAGUGCUUCUUUCAAGUUGACUGAUUCACUAAUUGUACGCUUGAAAAUCCUCGUGUAUAAAUUGCGCUUGCAUUUUUUUUUUUUUGGUUAGAAGUUAAUGCUCAUUUGAGUCAUUUGUAUUUAGAAAAAUCUAGAGAAAUGUAGGGAACUCGAGAGAUGUACACCAACUUUGACAAAGUAGGCAAGCUCAAGGUUUCAAGACAUAAUUGUUGUAGGCAAUCUUGGAAAAUCCUAAAUAAAUCUUGUAAACUAGUGGCUUGGAAAAUCCUAAAUAAAUAAAUCUUGACGUGAGUUAACCUAACAAAUCAAGAAGAUUUAUUUUCUUUUUUCAUAUAGUUGACAGUCCUUGUAUAAUUAGGAGAUAUUCUCUUAUCUAAUUCCCGUAUCUAUUUCCUUAUAAAGCAUUGCACGCAAACUCCUAUAUAUACAUUCUUACGAAAAAGAAUACAAUUAACCUAAAGUAUUCAAACCAUAUUCAUAUUUUAGCAGCCAAGUCAGGUGGGACUUGGAU